UCAACAAUCUGUUACUUUCAAAAGUCUUUUGUUUAUGGUCUUCCGUAGACCUGGUAGUAGGAUGCAUAUCGACAGACUAUUGGUCGGUCUAUUAUUUUCCCUGUUCUUAGCGAGUUUUCUUCAAAAUGUUGAAGCAGAUAUCUUUAACAGUCAUACAAAUGCCACAGAUCACAAAACAGACUGUUUUGAGAGGGGGAUUGAUACAAUAUGUUUCAAACAAUUUCUACAACCAGCAGCACAGACGAUGAAUGAUACAAGUUCCUCGAAUUUCUUAUCGGCAUUAUGGCGAAAAAUAAACAGUGAGGCUAAUGCAGCUGCUAAAUCUCGACAUAAAAGACAGGCUAGUGGUGUACCAGUCAGACGGGAAGUAAGAGCAGCUCCAUACGAAACCAAUUUCUUACGUUAUGCACUAGCUGUACGGAGGUUAAAACAUGAUUUUGGAGUGCGUUCUGAUAUGAAUACCUAUGACAUUAUUGCAACCAUUCAUACAGGGAGUAACAUGGAACACGACGGACCUGGUUUCUUAUCUUGGCAUAGAAUUUACCUUUUGUUGUACGAAGCUGCAUUACAAUCAGUUUUUGGACGAGGAGUAACUGCUCCAUACUGGGACUCAUCGCUGGAUAUAGCCAUGGGAAAUAGACAAUCGAGAACAAUUUUGUUUUCAAACAAAUAUUUUGGGACUCCAGUGAUAGAUACGAUUACAGGAGGUUUCUUUGCAAACUUACCUGGAAAGAAUAUUACUCGGGCUAUCAAUGGACGGGGAGGCCUAAUUUCUAAAAAUGCCAUUGCUGCCGUUCUUUCAAGAACAAGUCAUAGUCAGAUUGUAAGGCAGAAUCAAAUCAGAUAUUGUUGGGAAUGCUAUCAUGACAUGGUACAUCGAUGGGUAGGCGGGAUCAUGGAAGCGGGGGUCAGUGCUGCCUUCGACCCAAUAUUCUGGUGUCAUCAUGCGUUUGUUGACUACAUCUGGGAAUUAUUUAGGAGGCGAAUAAGAAAUGCCCCUGCAGAUUAUCCAUUAGGUUAUUCAUUGCAUCGUCCAGAUGAUCAAAUGAAUUUUAGCAAUUACAGAUAUCGACCAAAUCCGCCUAUUACUAAUCGAGAAGGUUACAGUAAUAGAUAUGCCCGUCUAAGACGAUAUGCUUCGGCGCCAUCAUGUCAAAAUCAGUGUUCCAAUAGUCCAGAUCUAUUCUGUGACGAAACUAGAGACAUAUGUAUCUCUCGAGAGGCGGCUGGAGUGGCUCAAGAUAAUUAUCCUGGUGCAACAGCAGAUGACAUUGCUUCCGGUUUGGCAGAUAUUACAACAACUGUGAUGGCGUUAAGGAAAGUUAAGCAAAACGUAUUAAAAGAUAUUCCACCUGGUACGCCUCUUAAUUUGUUUAGGGCUUGGCAAUUCGAUCCGAACACUCGUGGUCUUUCUACUUUUGAUGUAUAAAGAUGCUGCGGAGUAUAUACUCAACGCGUGAGAAAUAUCGGGGGCAUGGGCGAAUUGAAUAAUGGUUAUAUUUCCAUCAUUCCCUGACUAAAAUGAUAUAUUGUUAAUGUAAUGUUGACGAAAUAAAGUAUUGUUUUAGUCCAA